UUGGUGGCUUUGAAUUCGAAAUUGUAAUGUUGCUUCUGGCUAUUUUUUUCUAUACUGGCUGGAAAUGUUUAUUUUAGUUGGUGGCAGUUUUGUUUAGUCCAGUCUUUGUUACGAUUGGAUUUUCUGUUUCUUUUGGUGAUUUGGAAUAUAAGUUCAGAUGUUUGGGUUUUCAUGCUUGAUAUUGGUUUUUGUGAUUUUGAUUUAGAUGGUUCUGUCAGAUCUUAAUUCCGUUGGAUUUUGGGGUAUGAAAAGUAAAAUGGUGAAUUUCAAGUUUCCAUGGCUAAAGUCAGGUUUCUUGAAUUACUUUGCAGUAUGUGCUGUACUCUAAAUGUUUAUUUUUCAUAUCUCAAUACUACUUUCUGUACUAAUGAUUUGGAAGUUGCUCCAGGUAUGAAUUUUGGAACUACUCUUUGGGUUUGGGAAUUUGAUGUGUUUGAUGGUUUACAUGUUGGAAUUCAUGUUCUGAAACUUGAGUUGGGUUCUAAGGGUGUGUUUGGAUGCACAAGUGAACUGAAUUCCAAGCAUUGAGUUUGAGGCUAUGACAACCAAACAGUAAUAUGGGACCUUGUGUGGAUUUGAGAACGGAAUUUCUAGAAGCGAGUGAUUAAUCUCAAGGAGAAAAGCUACUAAGUGGUAUAAGGUGACAAUGAAUGGAAAUAAGGUUAGGCGUCGCGUGGGUAAGUAUGAGGUGGGCCGGACGAUCGGGGAAGGAACAUUUGCGAAGGUGAAGUUUGCAAAGAAUUCUGAGACGGGCGAGCCUGUUGCUAUCAAGAUCCUUGACAAGGAGAAGGUUCUCAAACACAAGAUGGUUGAACAGAUAAAGCGGGAAAUUGCCAUAAUGAAGCUAAUAAAGCAUCCCAAUGUUGUUCGCCUAUAUGAGGUGAUGGGGAGCAAGACAAAAAUCUUUAUUGUUCUUGAGUUUGUUACGGGGGGUGAGCUCUUUGACAAAAUUGUAAACCAUGGACGGAUGAAAGAGGACGAAGCGCGAAGGUAUUUCCAACAGCUUAUCAACACCGUUGAUUAUUGCCACAGCCGAGGUGUGUACCACAGAGACCUAAAGCCAGAGAAUUUACUGCUUGAUAUAUGUGGAAACCUCAAAGUUUCCGAUUUCGGAUUAAGUGCACUCUCCCGUCAAGUGAGGGAUGACGGCUUGCUUCAUACGACAUGUGGAACACCAAACUAUGUUGCUCCAGAGGUCCUUAACGAUAGAGGCUACGACGGAUCAACGGCUGAUUUGUGGUCAUGUGGGGUCAUCCUAUUUGUAUUGCUUGCAGGGUACUUGCCUUUUGAUGAUUCUAAUCUUAUGAACCUGUAUAAAAAAGUGAGCAUUGUACCGAUUUUUGGACUGCUGUUCUCUUAUUCUAUGAUGGAUGUUUGUUUAUUAGAUAUGCUUUUGUAUGUGCAGAUUUCAGACGCUGAAUUCACCUGCCCGCCUUGGCUCUCUUUUGGCGCUGCGAAAUUGAUUACUAGGAUCUUGGAUCCAAACCCCAUGACUCGCAUUAUGAUCCCUGAAAUUUUGGAGGAUGAAUGGUUCAAGAAAGAUUACAAGCGUCCUGUAUUUGAAGAGAAGGAUGAUACGAAUUUGGACGAUGUAGAUGCCGUUUUCAAGGACUCGGAAGAACAUCAUGUGACAGAGAAGAAGGAUGAAGAACAGCCGGCAGCUAUGAAUGCAUUUGAAUUGAUUUCAAUGUCAAAGGGGCUGAAUCUUGGAAAUCUCUUCGAGAUCGAGCAGGAAUUCAAGAGGGAAACGAGGUUUACAUCAAGAUGUCCAGCAAACGAAAUCGUUAGUAAGAUCGAAGAAGCUGUAAAACCACUUGGCUUUGAUGUUCAUAAGAAAAACUAUAAGAUGAAGCUGGAAAACGUGAAAGCAGGGAGAAAAGGAAAUCUCAAUGUUGCAACAGAGGUAUUCCAAGUAGCACCGUCUCUUCAUAUGGUUGAGGUACGGAAAGCGAAAGGAGAUACUUUGGAGUUCCACAAGUUCUAUAAAAACCUUUCAACCCGCCUCAAGGAUGUUGUUUGGAAAACCGAAGAUGACAUGCAUGACGAUAAUAAUCAAGGGUGAUGUGGUUUGAAGAAGCCAGGAAUAUUCGUCUCCACAUGGUAUUUGCUUUUCAAAUAUUAUACAAUUGGGUUGUGAAAUUGCUGUCGCGGAGCUUCCUUUUUUUUAAUUUUUUUCCAUUUACAAGACCUUAUUUUUUUCUAUUGUAAAAGCUAUCGUGGACACGGCUUUUCAUCCUUGUUUUCCACCUUGUUAUUAUUGUUGGAAAGUGACAUAGGAAUUUCGAUGAGUUCGUGAAAUUCAUAUUUCUUGAUUCUCCA